UCUCCCACCAAAAAUAGCAAAACAAAGUGGAGGCGCUGGAGGUGUUAAAAUAUUAUUGCCAUUAAUCGCUAAUUAUUACUAACAAAUCUAACUAAAACAUUUCAUUAUCCUCACAAUAACAUGUUUGGAAGUCUCAAGGAGCGCCUUGAAAGCGUCAAACAUGACGUUACCCAAGGAUGGAAGUCUAUCUCGGAUAAAGCCAAGGCUGUUAACCAAAAGAUAGCGAGGAAAACUACUUUCAUAACAGAGGAAUACACUGAAGGUCAAGACCAGUGUUUUAAUUGUGAUCUGGAGGCAGGCUCAGAAAUCCUUGAAAAAUAUCAUAAGGACUGGGCUGAUAUACAUGAGAAAUCAAGAGCAUCUGCAGAGGAAGCUGAGUCUGCAGAUCAAACCAUAAACUCCAUACUGAAGAAAUGCACCAACCUGCGCAACACCAUGACCAUAUUCCAUGGAGAGUUAGACAAACUACCAGAAGUCAUCCAGAAUAUUCAGUCAGCUACUGAAACUAUUGCUGCUAUUGGAACUCAAUCAGAAGAGUUAGAAGAUCUAUUGAUGGAUCUUGAAGAAGUUUGUGAAAAACUAGACAUAGAGAGACACAAGAACAGCCACAGAUUGAAAGUAGUCAUGUUUCAUCAAAGUAAACUGGAUGAUCUUGAAAAGUUAAAAGAGGAUCUUCAGCUUCAACAUCAGAUCAACAGCCAAAAGAAAGAGAAGUUAGAAAGACAAGAAUCUAUAGAGAGACAAAAGGUCUACGAAGAUGCCUUCAUUGAACAAAUGAACUACUACAUUCAGUUUGGCAAGACUGAUGAACAUGUGUCUCACUCCUCUGAACCAGAAGAAUCUCUGGCUGAUAUCAAGCUAGAAGACUAUGACCUGGAGAAGCAGCUUGAUGACUUCCUUGGCCCCAACCUUCAGGACCAGGGAGACCCGUCCAUCCCGAGUAAAGCACCCGACAGACCAAAACACAAACGAAAAUCGCCAAAAUCCAAAUCAAAAACCAAACAAACUGAAACCAAAUCCCAAGGAAAAAGUGAGGAAAUAGAAGAAGUUUCUGCAACAAGUGCCAAAGAAGAAAGUGGGAAAACAUCCGAAAGUACAGAAGUAGCGACACAGAGCAAAGCAGAACCAGACGUGGUAAAACCACCAGAAGAAACGACUGAAGGAAAAGAAGUAGAGCAGUCUAAUACUGAAGGUGAAGAACAAAAGAAGGAUUAAUGGGGAAAAAAGUCAGAAAAAUUGAUGUUAGAGUGGCUAGAAUGAGGGUAAAUCGUAAUAUAAUAUAGACAUUUUAUGGGGCACACAAACCAUUAUGGAUUUUGACGAAAAAUUAAGGCGAAAAAAAUUUAAAAAACAAUUUUUUGAAAACAUUUUCGCCCUUCCUUUUCCGGAUAUCCAGAUUUUCGGGAAGCGGAGCAUUUCUGAGUUUAUAUACGGUUUUGCUUGUUCGCCACGAAAUCUUCCAAACUGGAUGAAAAUAGUAAAACCAUGAUAAUGAUAAUGUAACUGAGUUAGAAUUAAAAAGUUCACCCAAACCAUA